AUGUACGUCACACCGCAGCUUCUUACCCACGAGGAGAGGCUUAAUGCCCGAAAAUACGGCUUCCUGGCUAUUCCGAUAUGGGGAAUCGCCAUGACAUUUAUCAAAAUCUCCAUUGCAAUGAUGUUGCUCAUCAUCCAGGAGAACAUCCUGUGGUGGCGGAUCUUCUGCUACUUCAUCAUGGGUCUUCAGGGAGUAUACGGCGUUGGCAACACUUUCUUCAUUCUCUUACAAUGUCGUCCCCUGGAAGCAUCUUGGAACGCAGCGAUCUUGAAGCAGGUCGGCGGGAGCUGUCUGCCACCGAUAGGCAUCAACAUUGCAUCCAACAUCGGGUCUGGAAUCAACAUUGCGACCGACAUCUUGCUAUCUCUCGCCCCGACGCUCUUCCUGUGGAAGCUACGACGACCUCUUAGAGAAAAGAUUCUAGUUGGAUUUCUGAUGGCAUUGGGAAUGUUUGCAAGCGUGGCCUCUAUAAUCAAGGCGCUGCUGGUCAAGGAGUUUGGAAAGGCAGCAGAUGGAUGGGCUCUCACGAAUGCGAUUGCGACCUGGACAGCACUCGAGCAGCUACUGGGCAUGAUAGCAGCCUCAUCGCCGUUCCUGAAACCGCUGGUCCAGUCGGCUCUACAGAUGAUGGGGGUGAGCAUAAACGACUCCAAGUCUGGGCCUUCGGCAUACGCGAACCGAUAUCACGGGUUAGGCGAGAACGGCACGAAACGAUCGAACCGAAACUCAGUACGACAAUCAAUGAUGAACCGGGCGACAUCACAAAGAGAGAGACCUGAGCGGAUCGAGGAGGAGCCCUGGGGAACAUCAUCAAGCGCGGCGGGGACAGUGAUUCAACUGGAAACACGGCGGCCACAGGCUGCUUCUGCACCUCAGAAGGCAAUCAAGGUGGAAACUACGACGACGAUUCGUGUCACAGAGGACGGGAGAACUCCGCGAUCGCUGCAUUACAGUAGUGAUGGGGGCAGCGAGAAGCAUGAUCUUGCGCCGACACAGGCGCCAAGACAACAAGUGUAG